AGUGAAUUGGACGAGAAUCAAAUACAGAUGGCUGGAGAUGACGUGGGUUUGCCAGAAGACCUUCAGAAGAUGGUGGCAGAAGAUCAGGUGGAGGAAGAGGACAAGGACUCUAUCCUGGGACAGCUGCAGAACAUCCAGAACAUGGACAUGGAUGCCAUCAAAGAAAAGGCACAAGCCACCUUCACCGAAAUGAAGCAGGCUGCUGAGCAGAAAUGUUCCGUGAUGUAG